AUGGACGCCGUCGCGACGGCAUCUCCCAAUAUUUACACGCUAGACCUCGUGAGUUUCGGGCGCGGGGUUCUCGACCGUGGCCUCGUUUUCCCGGACGCCAGGGUGGGCAACAUCUCUGUCCCGGUCGACACGUUCGAGAUCCUCCGCAUCGAUGACUCUAUCGUGCAUAAGAGCGCCGGCGACAUCAAGGUGGUCGAUAGGAGCCACCUGCACCCCGGCCAGGUGGUCGGAUCGGCGUCCGACGUCGGCGGCCAGAUCGGCAUCAUCACCGACGUAACCACCGUGCUCGACCUAGUCGACUUCGACAAAAGCGGCAUGGCCACCAAGGUCAUCAAGGGCGUGUCCCCGUCUAGCCUGUGGCGCGUCAGGAGGCUCAGCCUUGGCGACUUUGUCGUGUCCGGGCCGUGGCUUGGUCGGGUCGUGGAGGUGUCAAUCGACGUCGAUGUGAUGUUCGAUGACGGAGCGGUCUGCAGGGUCACCGACGCCGAAUCCAAGACGCUAACAAGAGUGGGUGAUGCCAUGGACGGCAACCACAUGUAUCGCCAGCAAGAGAAUAGUCGCUUCUACCCGGGUCUCCGCGUCAGUGCGCCAGACCCUUGUUCCCUCUUCAAGGCGACAUUGUGGCUUAAUGGCUACUGGAAUCCUAACCGCAUAGUAGGCACCAUCAUCAAGGUGAAGACGUCUACCGCCCUCGUCUAUUGGAUUGCGUCGAUGCAUUGUGGCACAGAUAAGGGGCUCAUCGAUGCAUCCGCUCCUCCAGCCUACCAGAAUGCAGAUGAUCUUACGUUCUUCAGUGCCGCAUCCCAUUGUUGUUGGGGGGUAGCCGAUGCCUGCUUUUUUCGUGAACCUAGUUCCACCAAAAUCGACGAUGCUAAUGGGGAUGCAGCUUGUGCACAUGAUCAAGAUGCCGGCGGCAAGGAGGAGGAGGGGGAGGAUGUGAUUGGUGACGAGUGUGAAGCACCAACUGCUCAUGUCUUACCGUCCACAAAGGAGAUGGAUGUGAGGUUUUAUCAGAAACAACUAAGGAAGGUCUUCUUUGAGGGGCACAGACGGGCGCGACGCCCACAAGUCAGGAGGCAUGCUGAGGUGAAGUUUCCCAUGGUUGUUGCCAGGACCCAUACCUCUGUAGAUGUGUUGUGGCAGGACGGCACGCGACAACAUGGUAGACGUUCAACGACAGUCAUCCCCUUUGGCAUAGUAAAUGAGCAUGAGUUCUUCCCGGGGGAGCAAGUCGUUGAUGCUGCUGGAGAUCAAAGUGGCAUGGCAUCUACUAUUGUAAACAAUCACAUUGUUGAUGAUGGAACUAGAUCCACAAAGCGUGUGGGUGUUGUCAGGAGCAUGCAUUCCAAGGACCAGACGGUUCGCGUGUCGUGGUUUAAGGCAGCGGUGUGCCCUGACGAGGCUAGGGAGGUCGAGUGCGACGAUAUGGUGAGCACGUAUGACCUAAAAAGGGACUCUGGCCACUCUGCUUACUACGGAGAUAUUGUCAUUCGCCUCCUACCAUCAAGAUCACCCAACGACAGCACUGCACCUUUACGGGGCAACACCGAUCUUUCAUGGGUCGGACGUGUUAUUGACAUUCCUAGUGGGUACGUCCAAGUCAAGUGGGGUGAUGGUAACAUAUCAAUGGUAUUGCCCAAUGAGAUCCUUGUCGUUAGGGAGGAAUACUACAUGGAUUUGUGGACUGAAAUGGGCCACUGGGUGGAGGAUGAUGGCGUCGACGAUGCACCAGAAGAACCGGGUGCUGCGAACAUGGACGAUGGUCUACGGAAUCCAGCCAACGAUAGCGACGUCGAAGGCGACAACGAGCCAGCAAAGAGUACAAGUCUUUUGGGUUUUGCAUUUCAGUCUUUGCUACAACUGACCGGUGACUUGGUAGCCCGAGGUAAAGGAUACCUGGUGAACCGGCUGCCAAUACCGUCGUCAUCACCAAGCAGAGAGUUAUCAACGGCCACUAAAGAUGAUAGCAUUGGUGCUGCAGCAAUGGAGACCAGCAAUGCUGCCGUGGCAAGGAAUGUUGUGGAGCUGAAUGGCGACGGCCACGAUUUUGCCGAGGGGACGAAGGAUGCAUACGGUACCAGUUGUUGCAACAAAUCAUUAGGCUUUCCACGUUUCGAUGUACUGCAGAUUGCCCCUCCGGAUCACCACUACCUUGACACUACGGAUGAGGUAACUGGUGGUAGUCGUGGGAAGAAUUGGGCCAAAACAGUGCAAAAGGAAUGGAAAAUUUUAGAGAAUGACUUACCAGAAAUCAUCUAUGUGCGAGCGUUCGAGGACCGCAUGGACCUGCUCCGGCUGGUGAUGGUCGGGGCAAGUGGGACGCCGUACAGUCACGGCCUAUUUUUCUUCGACUUGCAGCUGCCACCGUCCUACCCGGCAGCGCCACCGCAAGUGUACUACCACUCCUUCGGUCUGCGCCUCAAUCCCAACCUCUAUGAGUCUGGUACCGUCUGUCUUAGCCUGCUCGGCACAUUCGACGGUGAGGGCACCGAGUUAUGGUCACCGGCAACGUCGAGCCUCCUCCAAGUCGUUGUCUCCAUCCAUGGUCUCGUCCUCAACGCCCAACCAUACUACAACGAGGCCGGAUAUGAGACCCUAGUCGGCAAACCGGAGGGCCAUCGCAAUGCAUUGCCCUACAGUGAGAAUGCUUACCUGCUCACGCUCCGGACCAUGCUCCACCUUUUGCGCCGGCCACCUCGGGGUUUUGAGAAAUUCGUCAAGGAACACUUCCACUGUCGCGGAAGGUUUGUGCUCAGGCAAUGCAACAUGUGGUUGCAGGGAUAUGUUGUUGGUGAUGCCCAUGCCACUGAAUCAAGUAGUGAGCAACCAUGCUCGGCUGGGUUAAGGCUUGCACUCGCCAAUGUGGUGCCGAGCCUCAUCGCUGCCUUCACAGAGAUUGGCGCCGAGGGGUGCGACUAG